AUGGAACCAGAGCCGUCCCCUUCCGCUCUCCUCGAGGCUAUCACAGCCCUCACAGCCACCGUCGGGUCCCUACAGGAUCAAAUCCGAGCCCAGAGCCAACAGAUUGUUGAGCUCAGGGCCAUAUGCAAGGAGACCGCAGACCUCCUUGGGGAUAAAGACCAAGGAGCAGCCCAAGCCAAGCCUGGCCCAUUGACUGGGCCUGCCUGGACUCAAGGCCCCAUUCAGGCCUUCCAGAGAACCGGGUUUGACUCGGAGGAAGAGGAAGAACCAAGGCGCCCCAAAAAGGAGCCUCAAGGAACGCCUAGGAGGCAUCUAGGGUCCCUAACCCCUUUGACGCAGGGGAGACACCAGGGGCCGCAAAGCCACCCAGUGGCUAGACAGAAUGAUGCUCUGGGUAGCUCUCCACCGGACCAAUUCGACAAGGAGGAGCAGAUGGUUGUGUGGAUCCUCUACCACAUGACCGAUAAGGCCGCAGACUGGGCGCUCCCCAUCAUUGGGGCAAUCAUCAAGGGAGAAGGGAACCCUCCUACCACCAUCCAGGCCCUAACGGGCAAAUUCAAAGAGGCGUUUGCCAAUCCAGAUGCCAAGAGGGCCGCCGCCAGGAAAAUUGCGGCACUCUCCCAAACCACCACAACCUCCGAGUACGUCACGGAGUUCCGCAAUCUCAUGGCGGAAUUAGACUGGAACGAGGAAGCCUACAUCGCGCAGUUCACGCGAGGCCUCCACUGGAAGGUGAAGGAAUUGCUAUCAACCAAAGAUAGCGUUCCUGACGAACUCGAAGCAAUUUUCGCGGCUUCCAUAACAAUUGACAACAUACGCCGCGAAAACGAGGAGAACCGCCCGAAGAAGGCACCCGCCAAGUCCCCGGCCACCGUGGCCACUACCUCCACUACCACCACACAACGGGUCCGCCUAUCGGAAGACCCUAAUUACGUUACCCCGGAGGAAAGGGACCGCCGCUGCGCGUCUGGCCUUUGUGUCAAGUGCGGUCAAAAAGGGCAUGGCAUCAAGCAGUGCCCUAACGGUUGGAAGGCCACCAUCAAGGAGGUAGCCAAGGUGGCAGAAGAAGAAGGGUUGGGAAAAGAGUAG